AUGAAAAGUUUGCAAACACUUUUUGAGUUCAAAAUAGGCGUAGAAUUUUAUUCCAACAGUAGCGCACGCCAUUCCUCGACACUUAAACAACAUUUUCAAAUUAAACAUUUACUUAAGCUACCAACUGCUGCCACCAGCGAGGCCAAUUUGCGAAACUAUUCACUAUGCAAAUUUAUUGCAGAAAUGUGCUUGCACUUGUCAUGCCUCAUGCUUCAAAGAGCGACAAUUGACAAAUAUUCGCAAUUCAAUUAA